AAGAAUGCGAGUGGAUCCAAACAGCGUUAUAAUCGUAAAAGAGAAACUUCAUAUUCAAGAAAUGAGAACUUUUCCAGUCAGUCCCGUCGCUCCAAUUCACAGAAAAGCAAAGCUUUUAACAAGAUGCCCCCUCAAAGGGGAGGUAGCGGCGGGAGUGGCAAACUUUUUAGCUCUUGUAAUGGUGGAAGACGAGAUGAGGUAGCAGAGGCUCAGCGGGCAGAGUUCAGCCCUGCCCAGUUCUCUGGUCCCAAGAAGAUUAAUCUGAACCACUUACUGAACUUCACUUUUGAACCCCGUGGCCAAGCAGGCCAUUUUGAUGGGAAUGGACAUGGCAACUGGGGGAAAAGGAACAAGUGGGGACAUAAGCCUUUCAACAAGGAACUCUUCCUACAGGCCAACUGCCAAUUUGUUGUCUCUGAAGAACAGGACUACACAGUCCACUUUGCUGAUCCAGAUACCUUGGUCAACUGGGACUUUGUGGAGCAAGUGCGAAUUUGUAGCCAUGAAGUGCCCUCUUGCCCAAUAUGUCUGUACCCACCAACUGCAGCAAAGAUCACCCGCUGUGGGCAUAUCUUUUGUUGGGCAUGUAUCCUUCACUAUCUCUCCUUGAGUGAAAAGACCUGGAGUAAAUGUCCUAUUUGUUAUGGCUCUGUUCACAAGAAGGAUCUCAAGAGCGUUGUUGCUAUGGAAACACGUCAAUAUGCAAUUGGUGAUACCAUUACGAUGCAACUUAUGAGACGAGAGAAAGGUGUUCUGAUAGCACUGCCCAAAUCUCAGUGGAUGAAUGUGGUGCAGCCUGUUUACAUCGGAGAUGACCAGCACAGUCAGUAUUCAAAGCUGCUUCUGGCAUCCAGGGAGCAGGUCUUGCAGCUGGUGAUUCUGGAGGAGAAAGCGGCAUUACUAAAACAGUAUGAGGAAGAAAAACACACCCCAGAGGCUUGCUUUAUUGAGGCAGCUAUCCAGGAACUGAAGGAGCGAGAAACAGCACUCUCUGCUGACCAGGAUAAAAACAAUGGCAUUGCUGGAAUCGGUGCAGCUGUGGAAGAAUUGGUCCUAGAAAGCUCCAAGUCUGUGGAGCCUGCAGUUUCCCAAGAGAAAAAGUGUGGUGUGGAAUAUCUCUCUGCAUUUGAUGAGGAGCUUGUGGAGCCUUGCUGUGAUCUGGCAGGUUCCUUUUCACCUCCUGUGGAAGCGGAAGAGGCAGUGCUGGAUGAAGAGAAAGUACCUGAGGUGGACACCAUAGGGGAACCUGAUAUGAACACUACAGAAGAACCAAAUCCAGCUGAAACAAGCCACCAAGAGUCUAAAGAUACAAUUAGCAGUGGACAUCUUAGCAACUCUCCUUUUUACUAUUUCUAUCAAGCGGAGGACGGACAGUGUAUGUAUCUUCACCCUGUGAAUGUUCGAUGUCUUGUUCGCGAAUAUGGCAGCUUGGAGAAGAGUCCAGAGAAGAUAACUGCAGCUGUAGUGGAGAUAACUGGCUACUCAAUGACAGAGGAUAUAAGACAGCGUCAUCGCUACCUCUGUCACUUGCCCCUCACCUGUGAGUUCAGCAUUUGUGAACUGGCUCUGAAGCCACCCAUCAUCUCUAAGGAGACUUUAGAGUUGUUUUCAGAUGACCUUGAAAAGAGGAAGCGUCUACGGCAGAAGAAAGCUCGUGAUGAACGACGACGUGAACGCAGAAUUGAGAUAGAAGAAAACAAGAAACAGGGCAAAUAUCCAGAGGUCCAUAUUGCUUUAGAGAAUCUGCAGCAGUUCCCUGCUUUUACCUCUUGCCCUGGAGAAACUACCAGCAUUGAUCAUCAGAGCUUCUGUCUGUCUCCUCUUGGCAGAAGCCCUGUGUUUCAGACAGAGUCUGUUCCAACUCCACUGUUACCUGCUGCCAGCCAGGUCAGCCCGUUGCUCUGUGGGAGUUUAGAAGAAGAGUCUCCCUUCCCUUCCUUUGCCCAGAUGUUGAGAGUUGGAAAGGCAAAACCAGAAACAUGGCCCAAACCUGCUCCAAAGACAAGAGAUGAGAACACUUUGGCACUCCCUGUGCCAGUGGAUAGUGAUGGAGAAAGUGACAGCUCUGACCGCAUACCUGUGCCCAGCUUCCAGAAUUCCUUCAGCCAAGCUAUAGAGGCAGCCCUCCUGAAACUGGACAAACCGUCCACAGCUGAUCAUUUAUCAGAGGAAAAGGGAGGCAAGAAAAGAAAGAAACAGAAGCAGAAGCUAUUGUUCAGCACCUCUGUUGUUCACACAAAGUGAUUCUGCUAUUCAAGAGAAGUUUCCUCUCCUCGUUUUCUUUUCAUUUUGCUUUGUUUUGCUGCUAUAGUUUAAGUAUUUAAAUUUGAACAGACUAAACUUGUGUUUCCAGGGCUUCUAGGGGGUUCAGGAGGAAACCAUGACAGUAUACGUUGAAGUAAGAUCUUUUGAUUCCAACUGUUUAAUCAGUUUAUACUGAAACAAAGUUUUGAAAGAAACAACUCAGCGACAAAUCAGCCAAGGCUUCUAGUCUGUGCCAAGUCAGUUCUUUUGGCCUGAGAAGCAGUAUGAAAGUCUUUACAGCUGUGUGGCACUGCCAGAAUACUGCAAUAUUGCCUAAGUGAAGAGGCAGAGAGCCUUUAUGUCCCUAGAAGUAUUCAUGGGCAGAAGUCCAUCUGACUGUGACAGUAGUGCUGUUUCAGUAAAGCUGUCAGACUGCUCUCUUGAGAAACUGGCUUCCCCUGCACUGGAAAUGGGCAAAAGAGCUUCCUGGCUUUAGAGUGUUAGCUGCUAUAUCUGUUCUUUUUCUAAAGAGCAAGAAUUCCUCCUGUUCUCCUGGCUUGGAAAGAUUUAAAGCUGAGGUGAGUGUAAAGCAGAACUUGGCUACUUGGUUUUGAAGUGACUCUUGAUGAAUUUGUGUAUUUCAAAAUGCAUACUGGCACUAGUGGUAGGAGGAACCUCCUGGCUUCUCUCAGUUGUUC